CCUCGUUCCUAAGCAGGACUGCACGGAUUGUGAAAACUUAUCGCAAGCCUCUCAUUUCAUAGCCCAGUAGUUCCGACCGACCUCGGGCCUCAGUCAAGUAGUCAAGGGAAGACAACUUCUCGAUCUUCAUGGAAGGCAACGGUAUUAUGCUGUGGAGGGAGAGAGACUCCUAAAUCGUUCCUCUUCGUGGCAUAACCACCAUGUGGCUGGAGACAGUUAUCGCAGUCGUUGUGGGAGCCAUUCUUUGGAGAUACCUCCGGCAAUAUGCAGAGUACAGACGACAGUACUUCAUCUUGCCAGGACAUGACAGAUACAGCUAUCUAUAUGGAUCGAUUAAAUUAUAUCCAGGUUUUAACGAGGAAGGUCUAGCCUUUGACAUGGACACACUGAAACGACACAAGUACCUGUGCCACUGGUGGGCGGGGCCUGUGACUCCUGUGGUGUCUGUGUACCAUCCGGACAGCGUGCACCCUGUGCUCAAGUCCUCAGCCCCAAAACCAAGGUCAUCGUUUCUGGUGUCUUUCUAUGAUAUGGGUCUGCCUUGGCUCGGGGAAGGACUCAUACUUUCAAACGGCAGCAAAUGGGCGAAGAGCAGACGACUCCUCACUCCAGCUUUUCAUUUCGACAUUCUCAAACCAUAUAUGGCUGUGUACAAUUCAUGUGCCAACACAAUGCUUACGAAAAUGGAAGCGUUUUCAGUCAAGGAAGAAGCUUUUGAACUGUUUGAUCUGAUUGACAAACUUGCGCUGGACGUGAUUCUACAGUGUGCUUUCUCUUACCAGUCUGACUGCCAGACCAGCAGCGACAGCUCAUAUACUGCAGCUAUUGUUGAACUUGUCACUCUGUGGGGAGAAAGGACUCUGAGUCCUCUUCAUUUCAAUGACACUUUGUAUAAGUGGAGUGCUAAAGGCAAACGGUUUUAUGAGCUGUGCAAGCUCACUCAUCAGAUGUCUGAACAGAUUAUAGCCAAAAGAAUAGAGACAUUGGAAAAUGCUGAUGAGACUGAGCUGCAGAAGAUAGUGUCCAAGAAGACAAAAGAUUUCCUCGACAUCUUGCUGUUAACCAGAACUGAUGACAAAGAUGCGCUGUCGCCGGUAGAAAUUCGAAAUGAGGUUGAUACAUUCCUCUUUGCAGGUCAUGACACAACGGCCAGUGGCAUCUCCUGGACACUCUACAGCCUCACUGGACACCCCGAGUACCAGGAAAAAGUCUACCAGGAGGUCAAGGACGUCAUGGGUGACCGGGACACUGUCCAGUGGACAGACUUGGCUAGUCUGGAGUUUACCACCAUGUGUAUCAAAGAAGCGAUGAGGAUGUACUCCACCGUGCCUAGCAUAAUACGUACACUGGAGGAGCAGCUCGUCAUUCACGGUCAUCGAAUCCCAAAGGGGUCAAUGGUUGCCAUCCAGCUGUGGAUGUUGCACCACAACCCUCAUGUCUGGGAGGAGCCUCUGACCUUUGACCCCAACAGAUUUCACCCCGACAAGCAGUGCCUAAUGGAUCCCUUCCAGUUCCUUCCGUUCUCCGCAGGCGCCAGAAACUGCAUUGGCCAAAACUUUGCCUUGAAUGAGAUGAAAGUGACUGUGGCAAAAACAAUCAAACGAUUCAGACUGAGUUUGGAUCCGUCUCAUGAGGUGCGCCAGGUUCCUCUUAUCACAAUGAAGCCUGAGAACGGCUUAAUGAUUCAAGCAUCACCUCGCUGACAUGGAUUUUUCUUCACUGAGACAUAAAAAAAAGCCCAUACAGUUGACACUUUCGCAUACAUCAUGGCCGUCAUACUUUGGCGCAGGGGGUGUUAAAAAUUAUAGUUUCCUGACUAUCGUUACCUAUUUGUCUAUGAAUUUUUGUGAUAGUUCUACUGCAGCUAUUUUUUUGUUUUAUUAUUUCUAAAAUGUUACUGGAUAACAAAAAAUUAAAGUAUGUCUUUAGUGCCUUUUUUGCAGUUUUCUAAAAUAAUUUUCAUUUUUUCGUCCUAUACUUGUAAUUAAUGAUGAUGUUGAAAAGAAUUGUAUCUCUCCUCCGUCAUUCAUAAUCAACACAAAAGUACAGUUUAUGAACUUUGUUGCUUUGACUAGCUGUACUUGGAAACAUUGUUCUUCUUGUGCCAUUUCUUGCCUUGCAAGACUGACUUACACUGUCUGAUGUGGUUAGGUCUGUGAGUAGGAGUGUGAGUACCCAAAACUGAAUGAAAUGUUGUAACUUUGUACAAUAGUUACAUGAUCACCUGAUAAUUUUAAUUGUUCCCAUUUAUUCUCCUUCAGCUUAGAUAUUAUGAAUCGUGUCUCUCUUUUUUUUUUUUUUAAUUGUUUCAUGCUGAAGUUGUACUUUGCACAUGAUUAUCAGGCUACCUUAAAUCAGUAUUACUGAUGCAGUCAUUGUUUCUUUCAGAAAGUCAUGGAAUUUUUUCACGCUGUAAAUCUUUGCAUGUAUGUUUCAUGUAGUGCUUUUUUAUGUUCUUUCUUCCUCAAUUCACUUAUAACCAUAUUUUAUGAUGUAGUCUUGAUUUAUUUCAGAAAUUUAUAGAACUUUUGUGGCUGUUUAUUCCUUAUUAAAUAGAAGAAAAAGAAGAAGAGCAAAGUGUAUUCUGUGUUCUGCAGCAUGCUCUAUGCAAUUCACAACUAUUAUUACAUCUCUCUGCAGACUUAUUUUUACACUCACACCUUGUUGUUUUAUCUUUGACUGUAACAGCAUCAACAACACAUGUUACUUUAGGAGUUUCUCUGUUAGUUUUGCUGAUAUUAGAAUGGAGGCUGCCUCACAGACUUAUUGUCUUGUUUACAACAUUCCUCAUCGUGUUAUUUAUAUUAGUCUAUGUGUUGAAAAUGUACAGUUUACGUCUUAGUGUUAAGUGUGUACCUUUGAUGUGCCAUAGCUCAUACAGAAAACGGUUUGUGCCUUCAAAUCAAAUUAUGUCUUUGUCCAUGUGGUGUGCUAUUAAAAGAUACAAUUUUUUACUAUGCUUAUUUUGGCAAUGGGUCUUUCUGUUCAACUUACCUACUUAAUUGUGGCUUAGGCCACUUCUGGAGUUUGAGCCAUCAGCGAGCUCUUGCUCUCUGCCUUUAUUUAAGUCCAUACAUGGAAUAUUGUUCCAAAUUUAGCUUUCUGUUAGUGGGCGUGUAUUUCAGAGCUAAAGAGAGUACAUGAUUAUUGUAUCCUUCAUGUGAGGUAUUAUAUGAGCUUUUUAUACUUAAUUUAAGCUAAAUCGAUAGUGUCCAAAAUAAAAUACGAUUCUUUUUGUUGGCUUUGCAUUGCACAGUCAUCCUGGUUACAUUAAAAGCUUCAGUUUUGUCUUUAAAAGCAGGUGGUGGGAAAUUAUUUUUUAUUCUUUGCAUGUGUACAAGAAUUCUGUCUUUUACAUUGUCAAAAAUGUUGGCAUACAGGAUUAGAAGAUUUUCUUGUUGGCUUUUCAGUGUUGCUGUUGAUUGCCUAUAUCUAUACUGAUGAUUCAUGAUGUUUCAUGAACUUGGUAACAUAAUUGUUGCAUUUUCUGCUGUGAUCAACCUAUUAUUAUGUUGGGUUUUUUUCAGACUCAAGUUUAUUCUACUUCAUCUGUACAUUUGAAAUUUUAUUACGGUACUUUUUACAUUUGUAUAUACUGCUUUUUGUAAAUGUUUUGAAUCACAAUGAAAGGUGCAACUAUUAUGGGCGGAAUGCUUAACCUUGCCUCUUGUUUGGUUAUUUCUUUUUGGCAGUUUGGGUGAGUUGAGAAGACUGGUAAUGACAACUGCUCAUAGCUUCACGGUUUGAAGUUUUCUUCUUUUGGCUGUAUUUAUAAGUGAAAAUUUCAAAUCCUUAAACUUAACAAACUCAUUUUUUAAAGAUUUUAAGAACAUUUUUGCAAACUCUUUCAUUUAUGUAAUUUUGAUAGGUAUGUUACCUUGGCCCUCAGUCUCUGGUGGCUGUGAAAAAAGUGUACUUUUCACCAAACCUUUUUUUCAAUAAACAACAUUGUACCCGUUCCACUGUAA